AUGGAAGAAAACAAUCAGGGCGAGAAGAAGAACAAGGGGACGAGCCAGUUGUGCUUCGUGAAAAUGCUUGUGAACAACCUCGUUGCAGGAUCAGUCAUAGGGAAAAACGGAUCCAUAAUAACAAGCAUAGAAAACAAAACAGGAUGCAGCCUGAAACUAUCCCCCACGAACUCGUAUUUCCCCAAUACACAGGAAAGAGUACUUGUCUUGUGUGGAAAGCAGGAGCAGAUAAAUAACGCCCUACUGAUAAUCCUUGAUAAAAUACGCCAAAUAACGACUCAGAAUUUUCAAGACAAGCAGAAUAUGAAUGCAGCUCCAAAGUACACCUGUCGAAUCGUAGUACCCAAAUCAGCAGUUAGUGCAAUUAUAGGUAAAGGUGGUCAGCAAAUAAAACAACUUCAAGACACUACGGGAGCUAAGAUUCAGAUAUCCAGUCGAGAGGAUGGAUUAAACGAACGCAUCAUAUCAAUCAUAGGACCAUUCGAAUCCAUUAGCGAUACAGCUAUAAAAGUUACUAACUCCAUUCAAAAUGACCCGAAUUUGAAAGACCUCUUAAACGUUAUAUAUAGUAAAGAUGGAAACAUCAAUGGUAGAUCUCUGUCUCAAAAUUUUGUAAAUCAAGUUCCAUUAAAUGGGUAUGUGGUACCACAGCAGUAUGGUGUCUUCCAGCACGAACAGUACAUGGAUGUUAAUAUGAUGAAUUCACUAAUGAGGCAUAGUCGCGACUUGUUUAACUUACCUUGCGAAAUUUCAAUUCAAAUUCCUGAUGAAUUUAUCGGAUCAGUUAUCGGGAAGAAUGGAGCUAGACUCACCAACAUCAUGAACAGUACAGGUGCGCAGAUUAGGAUAAGCAGAAAGGGCGAGUUAGUACCGGGGACUACUGACCGGAAAGUGAGAAUUAUGGGAACGGUUGCAGCGGUGCAUGCGGCGCAUGUGUUGUUGUUGCAGAGAUUGGAGUCGGUCUACAUGCAGCUGCGGACCAUGCAGGUCAAGUGCGACGCGUGA